UGCAGAGCUGUUGCGCAGCCACUGGUACCUGUAUUGGGGAAACAUAGCAUACAAGCAAGAACCUUACAGCCUCAGUGGCGAAAAUUUUUUCAUGUCAGAGACCGAGAACUCUUGCAGUCGUUUAUGUCAUCCCGUCUUCUCCAGACAGAAGAUACCAAAAAACUGCAAUCAAAGAUCUCUUCAUCUUAUUGAUAAAGCUACUAAUAAGGCAAAAUGUCUGUCAACGUCAACCGCAGUGUUUCAGAUCAGUUCUAUCGCUACAAAAUGCCCCGUCUGAUUGCCAAGGUGGAGGGCAAAGGAAAUGGAAUAAAGACAGUUAUAGUCAACAUGGUUGACGUUGCAAAGGCGCUUAAUCGGCCUCCAACGUAUCCUACCAAAUUUUUUGGUUGUGAGCUGGGAGCACAGACCCAGUUUGAUGUUAAGAAUGACCGUUACAUUGUCAAUGGAUCUCAUGAGGCGAAUAAGCUGCAAGACAUGUUGGAUGGAUUCAUUAAAAAAUUUGUUCUCUGUCCUGAGUGUGAGAAUCCUGAAACUGAUCUGGUGAGUGCUCUCUGUUUUAGCAGUGACACUAUGGAAACACGGUGUUGA